UCGUGAUUUUAAUGGCGCUCGCCUUCGCCGCCCUUUUUGGCAUAGUGCCAGCGGUUUACAGGGCGCAAAGGCAGGUCGUACGCUUCGUGACUUUAAGCGCACCUUUCUGACCUCAGAUUUGACAGCCGAUCCUACAGCUAUACAGGUCCACCCGUGGACGAGAUCACAGAUCCUGGCGCAGGACUCGCGCUGACUUCCUUUCCCAUGGGAGGCGGCGGUCUUCUGAUGUAUUACGCAGCUGGCGGCUACGUGCUCGAGAAUGUCCACACAGACAUGUACGGUUGGAGCUUGCCCAAUCACAAAACUAUUGUGAAUCCCAGAGGCACCGUCUCAGCCUCUGAGCAAGGUCCUGUCGUUGCAACGUCAUACUACGUGAACAACACGUAUACUCGUCAAGUCUUCUUCACCAAUACUGAAGGAGCCAUUUACACGACCACGAGCAAGGACUUCAGCCUCGCCAACGCCAUCACCUGGAACCCGCCAAUGAAGGUAUCCUCAGAUAUUCUUGCGUCAGUUCAGGUAACCGGCCUGGCGGUUUGUGUCGACAACGCGACCGACGGACUAGAUGGGAUGCGCUUGUACUACGGAUCGGGCUCUGGAAUCCUACAGGAGCUGCAAUACUCAUUCGCCAGGCCUGCAUCUGGCUGGAUCCAAGGUCGGAAUUGGACCGAAGCGGACCACACGUCUGGUGUGGACUGUAUUAUCAAUGACGCCAGCUCGAGUAUCAGUGUGUUCUGGAGAAACGUCAAUACUGGCAGCAUUCAGCAGGCCGUGCAAAAUUUUGGUAUUGCCGCAGGCAAUCGGCCAAAUGUCACUAGUACCACAUUCACGUCAACCACCACCACGAUGAGUCCGUCAGCCACAACUUUUGAUCUGGCUGUGAAAAGAUCUGAUUCCACCACGGGUGGCUGGACGAUUUACAAUGUUACAACCGCAGCCAUGGCCGCCGGCUCCGACCUGACCGUCUGCAGCGACACUGCGCAGACGCAAUAGUACGACUCCUCCCUCUUCUAUCGAGUAUUGUCGUCUAACUAUUCAUUCCCUUAACAGCGUUUUCUUCCAAUCCCCAACCGGUACCAUCACCCGUGGCGUACUUCCCAACAACAACAACCACCGCUUUGAUACACCACUGAACGACCUUAAGCUCGGAAGGAAAAAUACGAAACUUGCCGCUACAUACUUCAAGGGCCAGACGUCGUAUCUGUACCAGACGAGUGCCGACACGUACAAAGUCUGGCUAUCAUCCGUGGGUCGUACGGGCAUCGAUCCCACGAAUGCGACGGCGGUACAAGCUUUCAAUGUGCAAGAAUUGCCUUAUAUCUAAUGGCGGGGUUUCCCUUGAGUCAAGGCAAAUUCACUUCUA